AUGACUAAUCGGGUCGAGUCUGCUCAUUGGAAGUUAAAGCAAAUGUUGGAGAACAGUAUUGGUGACAUGGUCAAAUGUUGGGAGGCUAUGAAUGACAACUUAAAGUUACAAUUGGGUAAUAUUAGAGCUUCUUUUCAAAAGAGUUUUUAUGAAGUUGAGCACGCCCACGUAAGUCCAUUUUACAAUAAUUUACGUGGUUCAGUGUCUCGAGAUGCAUUGAGACGCAUUGCUGAAGAGUUAAAACGAGUUGAUUAUGUUGGAACUAACAAGGAAAAGUGUCGUUGUACUCUUAGAACAACCUACAGAUUACCUUGUGCUUGUGAGUUGACACGAUAUAGAAUUGAUGGUAUACCGAUACCAAUAGAGGUUGUACAUGUUCAUUGGAGAAAACUAAGUAUGGAAGUUAAUUUGGACGAAGACGUAGACGAUGGAUCAGAGGUGGAUAUGAGUAGUGCAAUAGAUGAGUUAUGGAAAAGGUUUAAGUCACUGGAUGUUGUUGGAAAAAGGGCAUUAAAAAGUAGGGUUUUUGAACUUGCCUUCCCAACAAUGACUUCUAUGUGUCCACCACCUGAGAAAAUAAAAACUAAAGGGGGAGUCAAGAGAAAAGACAAAAAACCAGUAGGAUAUGAUGUUUAUAGAGACCCUUCGUAUCACGAAUAUGUUGAUCAAGCAUCUCAAUCUCAACCAUCACAAACUUCGAAGAAGACUAAAUUAUCACAGUCUUCACAAAAGAAAUCUCAACCAUCACAAGCUUCAAAGAAGAUCAAAUUAUCACAAUCUUCACAGUCAUCUAAGCAGUUCAUCCUUCAGUUUCCUAAUCGCAUUCGAUCCUAUAUUGAUGAUGUAGUUAAUGUUGUAUCAGAUGGUAAUUGUGGUUUUAGAGUCAUUGCUUCAUUGCAUGGAAUUGGUGAAGAUGUUUGGGCAAUGGUUCGUCGAGACUUGGGUUUGGAAAUAAUACAUAAUGAAAGAUCAAGUUUGUAUGCCAAUUUAUUCACUGAUCAGUUAGCAGUGGUGAGAGAAUCUUUGAUGAUAGAGGAAGUCGUUCCUCAACCACCACAUAAAUGGUUAACUCUACCAGAUAUGGGUUACGUGAUAACGAAUCCAAUUUACUGCAUUGGUUUUGUAAACAGAAAUCAUUGGGUUCAGGUAAACAUGAAAGAAGGGUUUCCAUUGCCACCAGCGACAGUAGAUUGGAAGAAGUUUCGUUCUCCAGUAGCAACAUCUUGGAUGCUAGGAUUUGCAGGACGUCUACAACAUUGGCAACAACUUACGCCUAUAUUACCAACGCAUUAUACAUUAUAA